CACGGAUAGGCGGCUAUGAUGGGCGGCACUAAUGAGGUGUCACGGAUAGGCGGCAUUGAUAGGCGACACUGAUGAUGGGUACUGAUAGACAGCUUUGAUAGGAGGCACUGACUGGCAUCACUGCUGACUGGCGGCACUGCUGGGCACUGAUUGGCACAACCGCUGGGCACUGACUGGUGCCACUGACUGGCAGCACUGCUGGGCUGCACUGAUGGGCACUGGUGGGCACAGGUGGGUGGCACUGGUGGGCACAUGUGUGUGGGCACAGGUGGGUGCACUGCUGGGCACAGGUGGAUUCACUGCUGGGCACAGGUGGGCGGAGUUAGUGGGCGCACUGCUGGGCACAGGUGGG